UUCGUUCCGGCCAGGCUUGAAGAAAGAUGCAGAUGCCAGUAACCAGCAGCAGCAGCAGCAGCAGCAGCAGAAGCGGUGAGCAGCGCAUCCGUGGUAGCUACGAUCCGGAUGGCCGGAUCUGGUCCGGUCCAACGACACCCCGUGAACUGGAGGUGAACCAGAGCCUCGGUCAGCUCGUGCUGAGCUCGCUGCGCACGGCGGAUCCGGCGCACGUGACGCAGAUCGGCGAUGGCGAUGUGCGCGUGACCUGCGGCGAGAUGUACGAGCGGACGGUCCGCUGUGCCCAGCGGUUGACCGAGCUCGGGUACGGACCGGGCACGAUGGCGGCCCUGGCAUCGAGCAACACCGUCCACGUAGCGCCCGUCAUGUUCGCCUGCUUCACACUCGGCAUCACGGUCAACACGCUCGACUUUUCGUUCGCGGUCGACGAGUUCCGGCACAUGUUCGGCAUCACCCGGCCGGUGCUGGUGUUCUGCCAGGGUGACAUCGUCGAGAAGGCACGGGCCGGUGCCCGGGCCGCCGGGCUCGAGCCACGCUUCGUAGUGUUCGGUGGCAGCGGGGACGAGGAGCACGACUAUCUGCGUGUCGAGCAACUGCUAGCACCGACCGGACAGGAGCACCGGUUCGUACCACCGACGCUGGACGAUCCGGCCAGCCACCUGGCGGUGAUCCUGUGUUCGUCCGGCACGACCGGACUGCCCAAGGGUGUCAGCUACACGCACAGCUUCUGCAUCGCCAACAUGCCGUCACUGUGGCCGAUCGAUCCAACGGAUCGCGUCCUUGCGUUCAGCUCGCUCUACUGGCUGUCCGGUUUCGCGGUCCUGCUCCUCGGCACCAUCCACCGGGCGACCCGUAUCAUCACGUCCGAAGGGUUCUGCGCGGAGCGAGCGCUAGCCCUGCUCGCCCACCAACGCGUCACCAUGGCCUUCUUUCCACCCUUCCACCUCAACCUGCUGCUGAGCGACGGACGCUUCGCGAGCACCGACCUCCGGGCGCUCCGGCUGAUACUGUGCGGGGGGGCACGCGUCUCCGGUGACCUGUACCGUCGCCUACGCUCAGCCCUCCCACCCGCCACCGCGAUUCAGAUCGGCUACGGCAUGUCGGAGUCGUCGCUGGUCACGCUGACCGAUCCGGGGGCCCCGUACCGUGACGAUACGGUCGGUACACUGCAGCCACACACCGACGCCCAGAUCGUCGACCCGGACAGUGGCCGGCCGGUGGGAGUGGGCGAGCCGGGCGAGGUGAUGCUGCGCGUCCAGUACCCGUUCGCCGGCUACUACGGUGAUCCGGACGCCACCCGGGCCACCAUGUCGCCGGACGGGUGGAUCAGGACCGGUGACAUCGGUUACUUCGACGACGGUGGCCAGCUGUACAUCGUUGACCGGCGCAAAGACAUCAUCAAGUACGGUGGCAACCAGAUUUCACCGACCGAGCUCGAAGCGAUCAUCAAGCAGCUGCCGGGGGUGCUCGAGUGCUGCGUCGUCGGUCUGCCGGAACCAGCCGGGAACGAGCUGCCUGCGGCAGCGAUCAUCCUCUCCCCUACCGCCAGUGUUACCGCCUUGACCGAGUCGACUGUCGCCCAGUUCGUGCAGGGGCGCGUUUCCGACAGCAAGCGUCUCCGGGGGGGCGUGUUCUUCGUCGAAGCCCUUCCCCUCACGCCGUCCGGAAAGAUCGUCCGUCGGAAGUGUCUGGAGCAGGUGCUUGCCCUCGGCGCCGGAACACGGACGCCGGAGCGGUUGAUUCACGAUCAUCACGGAUCCAAAUAAAGGGCGGCCAAACCUGGGGCGCGGAUUCAUUCGGGCGGGGUUUUUUUUUACCCCUUACCAUUGCAGCAUCUGUUGUGACCAAGCGUAAGUAGUGGCAAGCAUGUAAAAUAAACGAUCAAAAUCAAUA